AUGUUAAUAACUGCCGACGAUGAGAAGUUACGGGAUCCAGAAGGGUAUGAAGCUAUAGCAUUACUGCACCAUCAAAUGGAUGAUGAUCAGUCUGGUUCUAUCGAUCGAUCCGAAUCUAUAGAUUUUUUAAAAGAAGAUAUGCAGUUGAGUAGUUCGGAUCGUGCGCAACGCGAACGUGCUUUCCAUAAUAGUGAUGAACUGAUCACAGUAGAUGAUUUAUGGGAUGCUUGGUUUGCUUCAGAAGAGCGGUCUUGGACAAAUUCUGAUUUAGUUGUGUGGUUAGAAAAUAUUGUACGCCUUCCUCAGUACAAGGCACUUUUCAUUGCUGCAAAGAUUGAUGGGCGUGCAUUACCCAGAAUUGCUAAUUCAACGUACUUGAAUGAUUUGGGCAUUAAGAAUCCUGUACAUAAGCACAAAUUGCGUUUGAAAGCAUUAGAUGUUGUUCUUUUUGGUUUCAGUGGUGGCAAUACUACGUUCUUGAAAGAUAUUGCUUUAUCCUUUUUGAUGAUUGUGCUUAUUACGGUUCUUUUUGUCUUUAAAAUGCAGCGAACACGGUCGCAGUUACAAAUGGACCAAUUAACAAUGAAGUUAUCGGAACUGAAAUCAAUGCAAAGUGAUUUCGAAGAUGAGCAGCAAAAAUUGGAGGAAGAACAAAAAAGAAGACAUUCAGAUGAAAAUAUGUCAGAAAGCGAACGAGUAAAAACGCUCGAAUCACAACUUAUGGAAGCUGAACGCCUUCUGGAAAGUUCAAGUUUAGCUCCUCUUGCUCUUCAGCCUCUGUUAAGAAGGACUUGUGAACUAGAAGUGAGUUAUGUCAGACAACAACGUCUGGAUUGUAUGGCUGAAAUGAAAGAAGCUAUUGAACUUAUCGACAAACUCAGGAAAAAACAGUCAAGUAUUGUUUCUUCUAUUAAACUGGCGACUGGAGCAUCAUCUGGAACAGAUUUAAUCGACUCUCGUAUUUUUUCUUUAAAGAAUAGGAUGGAGAAAAUCUCGUUAUCAGUAGCUGAAUGUCAUCAGCGAUGGAUGGAAAUCGAAUCGCUUUGUGGUUUUCCAUUAUUUUCUGUCCCAAAUCCUGUUGUGGCGGUUAGUAUAGCAUCAUCCUCUUCAUCUGGAAGUGCUCCACCUUCUUUAAUUAAAUUUUCGUCGAUUCGACCACCUGGUUGCUCAUGUACAUACGACACUAUGAACAGUGCAACAAGUUCUAAUGCUCUGGCUGUUGACGAAGUAGCAGGGUCAUGUAUUUCGUGUCCAUCAGCUGUAGACCACACAUCGCUGUUCAGAGAAGAAUUGAAGUCAUUAAAGCGAAGUGUUUCAAACGCAUUGUUCAAAUCCUCAAAAAAUAGUUCAGAGAAGAAGGAAAAUGGAAUGAUGGAGAGUAAAGGAAAAAAUUCGAUUAAUUCAUCAGUCAAUAACAAGAAAUCCAAAUUCUCUAGCAUGUUUAUGAAGUAG